AUAAAAUCACUUGCGUUGAAGAUUUUAAAUUGUACACGAUUACAGAACGCUCGAACGAAAGGACGUGCAUCCAACGUACAUCAAUAAUUAGGAAGACAAACACACGCUGAUUGCUACAAACUACAAGAAGAUUUAGUGAAAAUGGAAUUCAAACUCUGUGCCCUAGUUCUCCUAGCUAUAUGCAGUUUCUCUGCUGCUUAUCCAGCUAACAUCAAGGACGUGUCAGAAGAAGUGGACAUCGUUCCUUUGGAGGGUCGUCGCCCAAGUGCUCACAUUCCAGCAUAUUUCGAUGAAGAUUUCGACGAUGUGGGCGUUGUGGACACCGGCUAUUUUCCAUCAUCCUACAAUCCAUUUUCAGGAUUCUAUUCCGGCCUUGAAGCGAUGAUGAGAAGCAUGAGGGAACAAUUGGCCUUCAUUCUGAAUAAUUUACCGGCUCGUUCGAAUCGCACCGAAGAUGGUUUACCUGGACUGGGUGUGUUCGGAAACGUUGAUUUGAGCAAAGGAAAUACAACAUCUGUUACCAAGGUAAUCGAUGGUCAUAAAGUUGUAAUAAACGAAACUCAGUACGAAAAUAAGGACGAAAACGGCGGAUCUUUCUACAAAGUUCGCAUCAUCAAUGUCCUUCCUGAUAGCGAAGAAACUACCAACGGAGACAGCGAAGAAACUACCAACGGAGAUAGCGAGAUUGUACCAGUAACUGAAUCUCACAGAGACGUUGAGCCCAUCGAGGAUAGUUUAGAGAACGAGAUUGAGAAGAGCGAUAAAGAGGGUUCUUCGCGCUCUGACCACAUCGAAACCUUCGACGAAGUCGAUUCUCUCCCCUCAAAAAAGAAUAUCGACGGUGAAUGGGACGACGCCCAAUGGAAUGACAUUGAUCAAUACCAAAACGUUCUUAGCAACGACAUUGAGAGCGUGGAUAAUGUCAAUCAGAAUUUCAGAGAUCUGAGUAACGAUAUUGACGUGAACGAAAUAUUGGCAAAUAACAAUGCUCCAAUCAAUCCGGAUGCCGAGUACUUUGUUAUUACAGACAUGAGGACGCCCCAUAAACUACCUUAAACAUUCUGAUUCUCUAUUGUAAAAGUUUCUUGUGAUAGCAGAUAUGAACAAAACAUUCAUCAUAAUUCAUAAUUUUGAACAAAACUAAUCGAACACAUUUAUAUUUUUCAAAA